CACCUAACUCGUUUCUAUGAGCUUGCUUCAGAGCAAUCCCUUUGUGCAACCUGUACCAUCUUCAACAUUGAAAAAGUCAAAAAAGAAAAAGAAAGAAAUUCUGAAAGAAAACACUGAAACACAAAAUGCUUCAAAGGGCGAGGAUUCAGCUACCACAGUCCAUGACAUAUGGAACGAAAAAGGUGAAGUGCGUGCCAAGGCCAAAAAGAAGUCAUCCACCUCUCUUAUUCCGGCGGUUGAAGUGGAGCCACCAGGAUGUUCAUUCAAUCCUCCAUUUGAGGCUCAUCAGGAUUCGUUGGCCCGAGCUGUUGCAGAUGAGAUGCAAAAAGUUUAUAAAAAAGAAUUGGGACCUCAACCAGUGCCACCUACAGUUCCUGGUGAAAUAGUGGCUGAAGUAGAUGUGAGUGUAGAAAUUCCUCUCUCUCUCUCUCUUGCUUUUUUGUAUAAUUUGUAUAGAAUCUUGAAAUUCUAUACAAGCUUCAAACAAUUUACUUAGCCUAGCUACUGGCUU